AUGGCGGCAAACGCACCCACAGCCACUCUUUCUGGCAGCGUGUAUGCGCACAACCUCGAGGAGCGGGUCAAGCCCGAGGUCCUGCGCGAGGCCCUGCAGACGGUGUUUGCCGAGUUUGGCACCGUCAUCGACAUUGUGGCCAAGCAGAACCUCAAGGCCAAGGGUCAAGCCUUUAUCGUGUACGACGACCCGGAUGCGGCCCAGACGGCCGUGCGCGAGGCCCAGGGCUUCCCGCUGUUCGACAAGCCCAUGGUGCUGGCGCUGGCGCGCACGCGGAGCGACGCGACGGUGCGGCGGUCGGGCGACGAAGACGAGUUGGAGGCGCACAAGCGACGGCGGAUAGCCGAGAGGGACAAGAAAAAGGCUCUCGAGGCAGCCGAGGAGCAGAAGCGGCUGCUGCAGCGGACGGCUGCCGGUGGUGCCGGUGGUGCAGCGGCAGUGGCUCCGGCCGUCGUGCCGGACGAGUACCUGCCGCCCAACAAGACGCUCUUCGUGCAGAACCUGCCGGAAGACUGCGACGCCGACGUGCUGACGGGCAUCUUUGGCCGCUACGAGGGCUUCCGCGAAGUGCGUCUGGUACCGGGCCGUCGGCUGGCCUUUGUGGAAUACGACGCCGAGCCGGGCGCCAUCACGGCCAAGGAGAACACGGCCGGCAUGUUGGUGGGCGAGGCCGACAAGCGGCCCAUCAAAGUCACGUACCAGCGGCAGUAG